AUGAAGGAGUUAAUGGAUUUUGCCAACAAAUGGCUGCUAAGACAGGAGCGAUGGGAUGUGUUGAGCGCCGAAACCGUGUCGGCCAUCAUUGAGAUUGUGAUUGACCCGAGAGGCGAAGUGGUGAGCAAACACAUACUCAGCACAUUCACCAUCACAGAAGACAACCCGGAAUACCAGGAUGGCGUGUCUCUCCACCAUUUCACCCAGAGCAAAAUACCCAUACUCUUCAGGGUCAAAAUGCUGCGCCUAUGGCUGUUGCCGUUUGACCCCAACAAGUAUAACGACAAACUCCGGCCAAUAGUGCCCCAAAUGCAGUUUCGGGACUUCGAGCCCCGUUCCCUGACCGACACUCCCGGCGAGUUUGAGUUGUGCGACGACGUGAUGGCCAGACUUAACGACGCGGUCAACGCCGAAGAGAUCACCGGCAAAGUGGUGAACGUCCAGACACUGGCCUGCGGUGCC